AUGUCCACACCCCCAAAGCCAACCCAAACCCUCCCUCCGGAGAUCAUCACUUCUAUCCUCGAAAAAUACUACUCCGAGCCCCCUCGCUGCGCCUUAUCCCUGCUAUGUCCCGAGUGGAAGCUCUGUCCGCGCAAGACCCCUGCGCUGGACGUCCUCCUGCGCUCGGUACGCAUUGAUGUGUACACGGCGCCGUUGCAGAAUCAUAAGUGGCUGUUUGUUGAUCGGGCAGAUGGGCGUGAUGAUGAGCUGGAGGAGGAAAGUGUGGUGCUGGAUGAGGGGACAGUGGAGACGAGGUUUGGAGGGAGGUGUUUUUGUUCGGAGGAGGGUGGGGGUUGGGUGUUGGUGGGGGGCGUGGGGGAUCCGGGGUGUAGGGUUGCUAGGGGGGCGCCUCGUCCCUCUUUGGGGGGGACUAGUAAGGGGCCUUCUUCUGGGAGGAGGAGUGUGCUUGAGAAGGGGGUGAUUGAUGGUAGAGUUGGGAAGAGGUCUGAACAGAAGAAGCCUACUGCUGCUGCGACUACUGGUCUGGGUUACCGCACUCCGGAUCGGUGGAUGUGUGCCCUGGACAAGUUUUACCAACGCGAGAUGGUUCGUCGGUGGGCGUCGAACGCGGUCUUUGUUGUUGGGCAAGAGAUUCCGCGCGGCCCGUUGUUCCGUCCCGAGGUGGUGCACUGGCCUGGGGUGACUGAGAGGAGAUUGGUGUUGGAGAGAAUGGUGCGGUUGAGGAGUGAGGAGGUAAUGGGACUGUUGCCGUUUAGGCUUGAUUAUGUUACGGUUGAUGAGGUGAGGGAGGAUGAGGAGGACGAAGAUUGGGCUGAGGGCGUGGUCUGGAGAGGGAGGAGGGUUUGGGCGGAUGACGGACUUGAGAAGGAGAGAUUGCCGAUGACGGUGGUUGAGGAAGGGGAACAGGAACCGAUUUACACGUAUGUCUUUCAGUUGAUCCGGCAUCUCGUCGUCAACACGACUCCGAGCGUUACGGCGUUGGACACUGCGGAGGUGUACUCCCGCCGGCUGGGGCAGCUGAAGACGUAUCUUCAGCAGUCUGCUGCUGUUUCGCAGUCCUCUCCGACCAACGAAUUCGACGCUACGCAACCGAACUUUCUUAACCCUCCCUCCUCCGACCACAACCACGAAGCUUGGGUGUACCCCUCCCUGAGCGACAGCGACAUACAGAUUCUCCAGCAAGCCCAUCUCGACGAGAAAAGACUCCCCUUUAUCAUCGACUAUUCCAAGCUUCCAAACCUGGAGACGCUGUGCCUUGAUCUCAGGGGUCUCUCGUACCCUCCUACUGCGGCGGCGUCCCAGAAUCCUCGUCUGCGACGACCGAAAGCUUUCUUAACCGAGCGAGCCGUCUGCUCCAAGCUUCGCGAUCUUUGGUACCGCGGGUUAAAGCUCUUGGUGAUUGCGGGGUUGAGGAGCUGGAACCGAUAUCCCGGGCCCGAGCCGGAGGCAACCACUGAGCUUUUCGAUCCCUUUCUCCGCUCUGCAGGUCACCAGGGUAACCAAUCACCUCGUUACGCCUCAUGGCCUAAGGAGCAGAGCGAGAAGCGUCGGCCACGGCCCGCGAUGCACGGGAUACGUACACCUGGAGCACCCGCCAAUACCGCCACCAAACUGGGCAACGACCAGAGUGCCCUCCGCACCAGGAUGUCCGCCCGCUUCACGCGGUCCCGCCGGAACAGCAGCAUCGGCGGGGCCGGCGUCGGCGAGCAACAAGAUCCAACAUCCUUGGGGACUGGGAGGGAGAGACAGGAAGAGGAGAGAGACAGUCGGGAGCAGAGCGACGAGGAGGAAGAGGAGGACGAGGAAGAGGAAGCAGAGGAAGAACCAGUUGUUGUUACAACUUGGACGGCCGUGAACGGGAUCGUGAUGAGGAACGGCAUCGAGAUCGACACCAUCGGCAUCGUCAUCGACGACGUCGACACCAGCACGACCGUGACCGUGACCGUGACCGUGAUCGUGAUCGCGAGGACCAUGACCGCCAUCAUCAUCAUGAUCAUCACGAGCACAGGGAGCAUCGAGAGCGGGAUCAGGAUCGAGACCGAGAACGAGAGAGAGAGAGAGAACACCGGGAGUAUAGGGAACAUCGGGAACAUCGGGAACAUCGGGAACAUCAUCGCCGGCGUUCAGUCUCUCAUACUGCCCCUCACGCAACAGACACAGCAGCAGCAGCAGCAGCAGCAGCAGCAGCAGCAGCCCCAGACGCAGUCCCAGUCUCGACGCCAACCUGAACCCGAACCUCAACCACAGCCGACGAUAUCCCGACCAAGAGCAUCAUCUAGACCAUCCAGAGCUGAAGCACACAGCCAGCUGGUCCAGACAGCUCAUCGGCGGGUGCGACAGGCAGAUCCUGAACCUGCACCGCAGCCUGUUCUUCAAGUAGCGGCCCAAACAAUGCCCCAGCCGGCACUUGCCCAUCAACCGGUAGCCCAGCCAAUGCCGGCUCAAGCACAGACAGCCACGGCUCGCGACAAUCUCUCCUCGCCCGGGGCGACCACCAGGCCAGCGACGGAACCGGCACCAGCAAUAGCAACAACGCCAAGGAGCUUGACAACAGCGACUCCGACAACGUCGACAGCAGAGGGUCUAGCAUCUGAACCACCACGAGAACAACGACAGCAUCAGCAAACACAGCAACAAACACAACAGCCACCAGCACCAUCUCGACAAGCAAACGGCGGGCCUUCCCGUCCUCAACAACAGCAAAGGCAAGGACGGCAAGAAGAAGUCCGAAGCGCGCCAGCGACGACGUCUCGACCCAGCCAAGGGCAGGGUGAACCCUCUCGGCCACCAAAUCCUCCAACACUGCGAGAGCCAACCAGACCUACCACACCCCCCGUAACAAUCCAUCUCCAGCCCCUCGACCCCCGCUACCGCCAGCUAACCUUCCCCAUCCCACCCGGCGUGCCGCUCCAUACAUCCCUCACCCUCACCCUGCAGACGCACUACUUCCUCUCUCCCGAAGCGGUGUUCACAUUCUACAACAUAAAGGGAAAGCCGAUACCAGCUGACGAGAGGGCACCCCAGAACCGCCAGGGGGUAAACAAUGCCCUGGGAGGAGGGCACAUGACGGUGUGGUACCGCACGGUGAAGGGGACAAGGCAAGAUACGCGACAUUGGGCGUUCAAGUUCACUUGGUGGGAGGGGGACCGCAAGGGGGAGAGGUUAGAUUCGGCGAUGGAAAGGACGCUAAGGCAGGAAAUCGAGUCUGGCGCGACGGUUGGGAGAUUGAGGCAGGUUCUUGGGGAUCUGCUCGGGGUGUUGGAUAGUAACAGGGUAAUGUUGGUCGCGGUAGAUGGCAUGCGGCAGGGCGCGUUGCAGGGGAAUGGAUGGGAGGUGAAGAAGAUCCGGGAGGGGUGGAAGGGGAGAUGGAUCGGUGUCGAUGUGCUCCCGCCUGGGAGGUACAUCCUCCUUAAGAGAGGGAAUCAGGCGAGGAAGUAUGUGUUUCACCCGGCCAGGGGGAAGAUUGAUGCGGGGAUGAGUGUGGGCAGGUUGGGAAGGUAUGUGAAGAUGAAGAUCUUGGAGGGGGCGGCGAAGGGAGGGUAUCUGAAUUCCCGACUGCCGAGGGAGGAGUGGGAAGUGAUGUUGGAGAUGGACGGGCAGAGGCUGAGAGAUGAUGUCCAGGUGCAGUGGGCGAAGAUGUAUGAGGUUGUGCUGCCGGGGAAUAUUGAGCGGGCGUUUGAGCGCGAGGAGGAGUGGUUGAUUGGCUCGACUGCCACGUGCGGGACUUGUUUGGAAGAGAAGACGAAUGAUGAGUUCCUCUUGGGCAAGAUCACGUCGACAUGCCGCCACGAAGAGAUUGAUAUCCUUGAUAAUACUAUCGAGGACCGCCAUCGCAUCUGCCGCGACUGUCUCCAGGGUUGGCUGCGCGCCCGCAGCGAUCGCUGGGGUUCCUCCCCACCGCGAUGCCCCAUCACUGGUUGCAACCAGGUGCUUAGCUAUACUGACGCGCGCAAGCACAUGACGGAAGACGUGUUCCAGCGGUAUGACUAUCUCGUUCUGCGCACGACGUUAGGCCAGCUGGAUGAGUUUGUGUGGUGUCUGAACCCGGAUUGUCAGUCUGGCCAGCUGCACUACCCCGAGGCGGAGUGGUGUCCUGAGUUCCAGUGCGGGGGCUGUCAGAGGAGGUACUGUCUCACGCACCGAAUGCCCUGGCACGAGGGGCAGACGUGCGAGGAGUUUGAUCGGAGGACGCAUGGUCGCAGGAGGGACGAUAGUGAGGCAGAGGGCCGCAGUUGUCCGCGGUGUAAGAAGAGGAUUUAUAAGGAGAUUGGAUGUGAUCACAUGACUUGCGUCUGCGGCCAAGAAUUUUGCUACCAAUGCGGCGCUCUCUACCCUCCAACACUACCCGGCCAGAUCGCCCGCACAACUCACUUCCCCAACUGCCCGCACUUCGAACCAGUCCCCUUAGACCGCGCUCCGAGCCCCUUUCUCCCGUUCAUUCUCAACCGCUUUCGUCCCCCUGGUCUCCUGGGCGGCGGCGGCGGCGACAACGACGAUCACGACGACGAAGACCCCUUUUUCCCUCCCCCGCCACCACGACAAGCCAGACCUCCCUUCUUCUCCCCCCCGGGCGGACCUGGGCCUGCCCCUCUCCCGGGUCAUGUCCUAGAGAACGGCGCAAUCCGCUUCGGCGACGGGCAGUUCCAGCCUCCGCGGCUGCGACCCACGACGCGGGCGCGGUCUCGCGUUCGGCCGGAUGGGAAUCCGGGCCCCCCAGUCCCUGGUCCAGCUGCCCCGGCUCGGCGUAACACCGUCGGAGGAGGGGCCCCGGCCCCAGCACAGACACAGGGUCAGCCCCCCGCGAGGAUAAUCGGCAUUGCGCCUAGGUUCCCCUUCGACGUACAUAUGCCUCCUGCUCCUGUUCCCCCUGAACCAGAACCGGUGCAGGUACCACAGCAGAACCUAUGGCAGCAGCAGCAGCAACAGGAACAAGAACAAAGAUGGCUUGAGAUGCAGUGGCAGCAGGAAGUGAAUGCGUUUGAUCCUCCUGGACAGGGAAGGGGGAGGGAGUUAGGAGGGGGGCAUGAGAUCGGGCAGCCACAAGUACAUUUGCAUCCACAAUUGCUCGAGCGUCCACAUUUUCAAUUUGAUAGGGAGGAUGGUGAGAAUUUGGUGGUAUUUUUGCCUGCGGCGGGGUUGGUGAACGGGAGGGCGAGGUUGGAGGGGAGCAGGAGGAGGAGUCGGAGGAGGAGAUGA